AUGGCCUUCAAGGCCACGGGAAGGCCUUCGAGGCCACGGGAAGGCCUUCAAGGCCACGGGAAGGCCUUCAAGGCCACGGGAAGGUCUUCAAGGCCACGGGAAGGUCUUCAAAGUCACGGGAAGGUCUUCAAGGCCACGGGAAGGCCUUCAAGGCCACGGAAAGGCCUUCAAGGCCACGGGAAGGCCUUCAAGGCCACGGGAAGGCCUUCAAGGCCACGGGAAGGCCACGGGAAGGUCUUCAAAGCCACGGGAAGGUCUUCAAGGCCACUGGAAGGUCUUCAAGGCCACGGGAAGGCCUUCAAGGCCACGGGAAGGCCUUCAAGGCCACGGGAAGGCCUUCAAGGCCACGGGAAGGCCUUCAAGGCCACGGGAAGGCCUUCAAGGCCACGGGAAGGCCUUCAAGGCCACGAGAAGGCCUUCAAGGCCACGGGAAGGCCUUCAAGGCCACGGGAAGGCCUUCAAGGCCACGGGAAGGCCUUCAAGGCCACGAGAAGGCCUUCAAUGCCACGGGAAGGCCUUCAAGGCCACGGGAAGGCCUUCAAGGCCACGGGAAGGCCUUCAAGGCCACGGGAAGGCCUUCAAGGCCACGGGAAGGCCUUCAAGGCCACGGGAAGGCCUUCAAGGCCACGGGAAGGUAGGUCUUCAAGGCCACGGGAAGGCUUUCAAGGCCACGGGAAGGCCUUCAAGGCCACGGGAAGGCCUUCAAGGCCACGGGAAGGCCUUCAAGGCCACGGGAAGGCCUUCAAGACCACGGGAAGGCCUUCAAGGCCACGGGAAGGCCUUCAAGGCCCCGGGAAGGCCUUCAAGGCCGAGGACUACCAUGGUCAUAUCACCUCUUGUCUAACAACUUCGAUUCUCUACCUCUCCGUGGUGCUAGCUAGGGUACGAGCAACCUUGACGAAGAUCGUUUACCCAACCUCGGUAAGUACGCGUCUGUACUUCAUGUCAGGGAUGGCGUGCGGAGUGCAACGACGUCCUGAUGGUUUUUGGGACCCAACACAGCAACAUCACGACGGUCCUCCUGCGAGAUAG